UUUUGGCUGGACCUGGUAGGAGACAGCAACCUCAUCAUUCAUCAGCAGAAGACGCGGACUCCGCCUCGAGCUAAGCACCUACAACCGCUAUAUUGGCAAAGCCGGCGGCUGGUAGACAAACUGGCGGUAACGACGUGGCAGCACCACUUGCGUGCUCACAACAGAAUGGCGGACGCCCUCGCCAACAUGGCGAUAGACUCACGCCGCAGUUUUCAAAAGAUACCCACUCGAAUUUGCGGCUCCGGCUCGACGUGGGACGACGUGUACAACUACGCUUCCGGCGACGUAGGUCACUGGAUGGAGCAGAACAGUGAUGAGAACUCCUCGGAGUUCGUGGCCUUCACCCGUUAG